AAUUAUUUGCAACUCUCUUCUGCCAUGGUUCCGUUCUCUUGAUGUGGGCAACUAGCUGGCAGAGCGCCGAUGAUGAGCCGAGAAGACGCGUCCUCGACGUGUUCGUCGAUCGAACUUUUCCGUGUCUUUAAUGAUCACUUCACAUCUACCUGGUCGCAGCCUCCAACACACAAGAUGGAGCAGGUUCGCAGUGUUGAUGUACUUUAUUACCUCGUAGGUCGGAGCGCCGAGAAAAACCUUCGGGCACUCGCACGAUGCGAUGGAAUCAUGACGUCUCCUACCUAUCAUUGUUUCCGGUGUGUACCGGUACUAUUCUUAUACAGCGAAUUUGAUUCCCGUUCUUUCCACAUGACCAAACAAAUAUUUUAUGAAAUGAUAGCAGUGUGCGAAAUUGAAAAUGGCGAACAACAACCAUGCCUCGGGCGAACAGAACCAGAAAUACGAGCCGAAGCCGGACGCGCAUGCCUUGACCGCUGGGUCUAACGUUUCCGAGGAUGCGGUGGACUACGAGCCUCAUCCCGAGAAAUCGAUCCAAGUUGAGCCACUGAGGCAGAAAAUCAUCAAUUCGAUAUGCAACCUCUACAGCGGCAGCGCAAGCGGAGAAGACAUGAAAGUCUACGCGAAGGAAGCGGUAUACGACGAUCCUUGGAGCUAUUGCGAUACCAGGUACAAGAUCGCUGGGCAGUGGUGGGGAAUCCCCAUGAUCUUCGCAUCUUCGAAGACCUUGAAGACUGAAACAGUUUCCAACAAGCCCAACGAGAUCACCUUCAAGCUUCAACAGGAGUACACUCCGAGAGCAUUGCAUUGGUCGAAGUCUAUCAAUUCUCUCGUGACUUUGACUCUGGAUGACGAAGGUAAGGUGCGUUACCAUAAGGAUAUGUGGAAUGCCAAAGACUACAGCCAUGAGGGCAUUGGGAUGGUCAUGAAGCAUCUUAAUGGUGAUCAUCUAACCAAGUUCACUAGGCCUCCAGACUGGCUCUGAUUUAGAGCGUUUCUUAAAUGGCGUCCUUUACGUGUAUUGGUGACCGAUUCGUGCAUCCAAUAUGAGGUAGGUAGUAGAGGAGCUGCAGGAAGGCUACGACUCCGCCUUCGAACUGAUGUCUGAUUGGCUUUGGACUUUUUGCGGUUGGGAAGAGGUGGCAUGGGGCAGCACCAUCCCCGAAAACAAA